AUGGAGGCUACUUCUCCCCAAGUCCGACAGGAGUUUCAGUUUGAUAUCUUUCCAAGACUCAAAUCUUCGGGGUCAAAUAGAGGGGGUGUUGAAGGCCCAGGACCCACUCUACCUGAGAAUCCAUCACCAUCCUCGCAGAUACUCCACAACAUGCCUAAUGGUUUGGCUCCCGCGUCAGCACGGCUGGCUCCCACAAAGAAACCUGUGAGUUGGAGAGGCCCUUCUGUGGUUGGGGCUGGGCUGCAGAACAUGGGAAACACAUGCUACAUGAAUGCAGCCCGGCAGUGUCUGACAUACACGCCACCACUCUCCACCUAUAUGCUGUCCCAGGCGCACUCCCGAUUCUGUAGGAAGCAGACAUUCUGCAUGCUGUGUGGUCUGCAGGCUCACAUGACCAGGGCCCUCUGCCAUCCCGGAGAAGUGAUCUGGCCUCCGCUCAAACUGUUCACUGCCUUUCACAUGCACAGGCAGGAAGAUGCCCAUGAGUUUCUGAUGUUCAUUCUGGAUGCCAUGCACCAAGCGUGUUGGCAUGAGGACAGGCCUUCAGAGCCUCAGGCUGAGGACACCACCCUCAUCCGGCAAACCUUUGGAGGAUACUGGAGGUCUCAAAUACAGUGUCUCCAAUGCCAGGGGAUUUCCAACACUUUCGACCCUUACCUGGACAUUACGGAUAUCAGGGCAGCUCAGAGUGUGAGCCAGGCUUUGCAACAGUUGGUGAAGCCCGAGCAGCUUGAUGGCCAAAAUGCUUAUCGUUGUAGUACUUGUCUCGACAAGGUAUCUGCUUCCAAGACGGUGACUUUGGACACUUGCUCCAAGGUCCUCAUGCUGGUAUUGAAACGAUUCUCCCAUUUCACGGGCAGCAAACUGGCGACGGAAGUCCAAUAUCCUGAGUGCCUGGACAUGCAACCAUACAUGUCUGAGCAGAAGGGGGGAUCCAUGAUUUACAUGCUCUAUGCCGUGCUGGUGCACUCGGGGUGGAAUGGUCACAGCGGACAUUACUUCUGUUACAUCAAAGCUGGGAACGGCCAGUGGUACAAAAUGGAUGAUGCCAAGGUCACUGCCUGUGAUGUGACUUUGGCCCUGAGCCAACAUGCAUAUGUCCUCUUUUACAUCCAGAAGAGUGAAUGG